AUAUCUGCAUGGACAGAAAGGACUAUCAUAACAAGGCCUAGCCUGUUGGAGUUCUUCACCGGUAUUUCUAGAUAAAAUGAACAGUUAUGACUGGAACUGACCCCAGCCCGGCGGCAGCGGCAGCAGAACCGGAAUGAAAACGGGAUGCGGAUGCGAAGACAUAUAAAAUAUGAAAACGUCUUCCUUUUUUCUUUUCUUUUAACCAGGCUUCUUAACAUUACGGCGGAGUAAAGAACGUAGGAGAGAGGAAAAGGUCGCAGAAUGGUGUAAAAGUCCUGCGUUGAGCGCAGGUUGGACCAGAGGUAGCGGGGCUGUGGCUGGGCUGUGGCCGGGCUGUGGAGCCGCACAUCUCGCUUGGAAGCCGAGGAGCGGUCGAUGUUGCCCGGGCCCGGAGGAGAUCCGCCAUUUAUGAAUUUAUGACUGAUGAUUGAGCGACUUAUUCUUGGCUUCUUGGCAUGUUGAAGGUUUUGUAAGCCACGUCUGAAUCCUACCGAAGGGCGUCAACCUACCUUCACUUCUUUCCUCCUUGUAGUUCGUCAUAAAACUGCCCAGGCAUCACCCCCACCUCCCUGGACAGAUGAUUGGAAGGAUUCUGGAUCCCUUCUCUUCCUUUCCUCAUUUUAUUCCAUUGCCCACCUCCAUCUCCCUCUCUCUUCAUAACAUACAUGGAUAAAUUACAACUCUAGUGCCCUUAAACAAACAUGGUUUGGUUAAUUCUUGUGCUUUGUGACAAUGGACGUGUGAUACAGUGAUAAGAGAGGGAAAUCUGUAUUGACAUGUACAGUGGAAGCUUGCUAUGAAUGACAGAAGAGGUGGCUAGGGGAACCUGGGUCUUAUGCUUUGGCCGAAAGAAUGCCACCAGUACCAAAGAAUUGCCAAGGAAAUCAUAAUCCAUAUUUUAAACACUUUAGCCUAGAGAUUAGUUGCUUCAUACAUCGUAGUAUCUGUACCACUACACCCCUGUUCUCUCUCUUAAUUCUCUUUAUCUUGACCUUUCAGUCGUGAUGUCUUUCUAACCCCUCUCAUCUUGUUUUGGCCCAUUCAUCCACUUUCAUUCAUCUAAAUCCCCACCACCAGCAGCUCUUUUCACCUCCACCUUUGAAUUAGCCAUGGCAGCAGCUGCUACUGCCCCAUCUUCUUCCUCAUCCCCAUCAUUGUCAUCACCUCCCAAUGGUAGUGCCCGGGAGCACCUGCUGGCCGAGCACCGCCACACCCCACACGCACGGCCACACACGAUUGGGCCUGACAACCUCAGCAGCCUGUCGGUGCAGGGCGCAGGCUCCACCUGCGCCUCCACAUCCUCCCCUCCAUCCUCUCAUUCGCCAUCAGGGACCCAGGCUGAAGCAGCAGGAGUGGGGCUUCAGAGGGCCAAUAGUGACACGGACCUGGUAACCUCUGAAAGCCGCUCAUCACUUACAGCGUCUACAUACCAGCUGACUCUGGGCCACAGCCACCUGGUGAUUUCAUGGGACAUAAAGGAGGAAGUGGAUGCCACUGACUGGAUCGGCCUGUACCACAUUGAUGAAACAUCUGUUGCUAAUGUAUGGGACUCUAAGAACCGUGGAGUAAAUGGCACCCAGAAAGGACAGAUUGUGUGGAGAUUGGAGCCAGAGCCCUACUUCAUGGAGCCAGAGACAAAGAUCUGUUUUAAGUACUAUCACGGUGUAAGUGGAGCAUUACGAGCAACAACUCCUUGCAUUACCGUCAAGAACCCCGGAGUACUGCAAAGAAGUGAAGGCCAAGUGGAGGACCAUUCAGGGAACGAGCACGGUCGGAAACUAGUCAGCUUCACGCUAUCAGACAUCCGGGCAGUGGGUUUGAAGAAGGGAAUGUUCUUCAACCCUGACCCCUACCUGAAGAUGUCCAUUCACCCUGGGAAAAGAAGCUGCCUUCCCAAAUCCACUCACCAUGGCCAGGAGAGACGCUCUUCCAUCAUCGCCAACACCAUCAACCCUGUGUGGCACGGGGAGAAAUACACCUUUGUGGCUCUGAUGUCUGACAUAUUGGAGAUCGAGGUGAAGGAUAAGUUUGCCAAGAGCCGGCCAAUCAUCAAGCGCUUUCUGGGUCAGCUGAUCAUCCCCGUACAGAGGCUUCUGGAGGGGCCGACGUCCCUCAAUCACCUCGUCAGCUACAACCUGUGUCGCCGCCUCCCUACGGACCAUGUAAGUGGGCAGCUUCAGUUCAGAGUGGACAUCACUUCCACUGGACAAGAAGAAGCGUCUCCAGAAGCUGUUGGGACCAUCCUGGAUGGCGCUGACCCCGGCAGUCCAUCUGAUGACGAAGAUCUCCCUCACCCCUCCUCAUCUUCACACGUCACAUAUGGACCUUCUCCCACUGGUUCUGAUGAGGGCUCUGUGUUAGUAAAUGGUGUUUGUUACUAUAGCAACGGCAGCACGUGGCAUGCGCUGGGCCCAAUGGGAGGUGAUAACAUGUGUCCUGUGGCUAUGGGCGGCCGCACACACCGGCAGGUGUCGCUCAACGACUACCUGGAUGCCAUCGAAGCUCCCUCAGGGGACCAACCUUUGGCCGGGUCUUUACCAAAACUCCGCUCCAGUUUUCCAACUGACACACGGCUCAACGCAAUGUUGCACAUAGACUCGGAUGAGGAUGAAGACACAGCGGGGCAUCACAGGGACCAGUCUCAUGACAUGAAGACAGGCGAGACCACCGACUCAUCGAGGGGAUCAGCUGGACUUGAGCUUCAGCGGGACAAACCAGAAGGACAGACUGGAGCCAGAGGAGAGGCAGAAUUUUCUGGUGCUGAGUCUGCAAACGUGGAUGAAGGUGGAAAUGUAAGCUCAUCACAGAGAAGAGCAUCAGUAGAGGCAUUGGCUGAGCCUGCAGCUUCCAGCUCGUGUCAAGCUUUGGGAGCUGAGGCUGCUGCAGUGGUCCAACCAGCAGAGUCGGCAUCGGGAUGUGCCUGUCAGGACCAGAUCAGCAGAAAUGGGGCCUGUAGUGCCUCACUUGGCCCCCUUUCACCUAUUCAAGAGGUGGAGGGAGGAAAAGAACUGGCUCCAAAAGCAGAGGAGGAAGGGGCCGAGUCCUCAAGCAGUGAGGCGAACGGGCCGGUUGGAGCAUCUGCUGAUGGAGGAGGACGAAGGAAUUCUAAAGCUGGUGCGAGAGCUGAGGAGUCGGAGGAUAAACCAGUGGAGUUGUGGAGGAGGCAGUCCCUGGAAGCUUCCGGGGGUCUGGUACAGAACCAGGAAGCAUCUGAGGUCAGAGGCAGUGAGAGGAGGACAGUUGCCACGGCUCAGGUCAACGGCCAUCAGUCUGUUCGCUCCCUGCCGUCAGUCCGUCAAGACAUCAGUCGCUAUCAGAGGGUGGAUGAGCCGCUGCCACCGAACUGGGAGGCCCGUAUCGACAGUCAUGGUCGCAUCUUUUAUGUGGACCAUGUGAACAGAACGACAACAUGGCAACAGCCCACUGCUCCCCCCGCCCCACAGACUCUCCAGAGGUCCAGCUCCAUACAACAGAUGGAGCAGCUGAACCGCAGGUAUCAGAGUAUACGCAGGACCAUAAAUGACAGCAGACUGGAGGAGCAGCCAGCCAAUGAGCUGCCGGGUGACGAGACUGAUGCACACCCCUCCACACCAGAGCUACGUAGGGACAACAGCCCGGCUCAGUCCAGCUCCAGAUCUCGCAUCUCCCUGCUGCUUCAGUCCCCCAGCGCCAAGUUCCUCACCAGCCCUGACUUCUUCACUGUGCUGCAUUCCAACCCUAGUGCCUAUCAUAUGUUUACCACCAACACAUGUCUGAAACAUAUGAUCAGUAAGGUUCGUCGAGAUGCUCAUCACUUUGAUCGCUACCAGCACAACAGAGACCUGGUGGCUUUCCUCAACAUGUUCGCCAACAAACAGCUGGAACUGCCCAGAGGCUGGGAGAUGAAGCAUGACCAAACUGGCAAGCCUUUCUUUGUAGAUCAUAACUGCCGUGCUACUACCUUCAUCGACCCCCGGCUGCCUCUCCAGAGUUCCCGGCCCCCAAGCCUCCUGGCUCAUCAUCAACACCUCACCCGUCAACGCAGCCACAGCGCUGGGGAAGUCAGCCCACGGCGACUGUUGGGUGAAGAUCCUCGCCAUGCUGGCCCACCUGUCCUGCCAAGACCAUCAAACACCUUCACUUCAGCGAACAGGGGGCAAAGCCAGGAAGUUGUGCCAGUGGCUUACAAUGACAAGAUCGUGGCAUUUCUUCGACAACCAAACAUCUAUGAAAUUCUGCAGGAGAGACAGCCUGACUUCAGUCGGAACCGUACGCUCAGGGAGAAGGUACAGCUGAUACGCACAGAUGGAGUGUCAGGACUGACCCGGUUGUCAGGAGACGCCGACCUUGUCAUGCUUCUAAGCCUGUUUGAAGAUGAAGUCAUGUCUUAUGUGCCUCCUCAUGCCUUACUUCAUCCCAGCUACUGUCAGUCACCUCGGGGGUCGCCGGUUUCUUCCCCACAGAGUUCACCUGGUACUCAGAGAGCUAAUGCUAGAGCCCCUGCCCCCUACAAGAGAGACUUUGAGGCCAAACUACGCAACUUCUACAGGAAACUGGAAACAAAAGGCUAUGGCCAAGGACCAGGGAAGCUGAAACUCAGCAUCCGUCGUUAUCACCUCCUGGAAGAUGCCUUCAACCAGAUUAUGUGCUACUCCCGCAAAGACCUUCAACGCAGCAAGUUCUACGUCAGCUUUGUCGGGGAGGAGGGGUUGGACUACAGCGGGCCAUCCAGAGAGUUCUUCUUCUUAGUUUCCAGGGAACUCUUCAACCCUUAUUAUGGUCUGUUUGAAUAUUCUGCCAACGACACCUACACCGUUCAGAUCAGCCCCAUGUCUGCCUUUGUAGAUAAUCACCACGACUGGUUCCGGUUUAGUGGUCGCAUUCUUGGUCUAGCUCUGAUCCACCAGUACCUCCUUGAUGCUUUCUUCACCAGACCUUUCUAUAAAGGCCUGCUGCGCAUCCCCUGUGAUCUCAGUGACCUGGAGUAUCUGGACGAGGAGUUCCACCAGUCUCUCCAGUGGAUGAAGGACAAUGAUAUAGAAGACAUGCUUGACCUCACCUUCACGGUCAAUGAAGAAGUUUUCGGACAGAUAACAGAAAGAGAGCUGAAGCCAGGUGGAGCUAACAUCCCCGUCUCCGAGAAGAACAAGAAGGAAUACAUUGAGCGGAUGGUGAAGUGGAGAAUAGAGAGAGGAGUGGUUCAGCAGACUGAGAGCCUGGUCAGAGGCUUCUAUGAGGUGGUGGACGCUCGGUUGGUUUCGGUGUUCGAUGCCCGGGAGCUGGAGCUGGUUAUUGCUGGCACUGCUGAAAUCGACCUAUCAGACUGGAGGAACAACACAGAAUAUAGAGGAGGUUACCACGACAACCACAUUGUGAUCCGUUGGUUCUGGGCAGCAGUGGAGAGGUUCAACAAUGAACAGAGAUUGCGCCUCCUGCAGUUUGUAACCGGGACAUCCAGCAUCCCGUAUGAGGGCUUUGCUUCUCUGCGUGGCAGCAACGGACCUCGAAGAUUCUGUGUGGAAAAGUGGGGGAAGGUGACAUCACUGCCCAGAGCUCAUACCUGCUUCAAUCGGCUGGAUCUGCCUCCGUACCAGUCUUUCUCCAUGCUGUAUGAGAAGAUGCUGACUGCCGUGGAGGAGACCAGCACGUUUGGUCUAGAAUGAGAUUAUUUUCAGUUCUGCUUUUGCAUCUUUGAAGGACUUGUGUUACUUGUGAAGAGAGAUGAUCACUUUAGAAAAUAGACUACUGGUAGGGAGUUUUUUUCUUUUUGGGGGGCACAGAUACACUAAGAGAGCCUUAAAUGUUCAACAACGCUUGUUCUGACUCACGCCGUUGUUAUGAUUGUUUGCUGUCAUGUUGGCCUCACAAAUGAAGGGAGACAACAAAAAACACAAGAGUUUAAAAAUCAGGAGUUAAACUUCAAUUUCUGAUUUGUUUUUUGUUUUUUUCUAUAUUUAAGGUGUGUAAACCAUCAAACUGACUGCUUUAAAUGUCUCCUGUAGAGAUGUAAAUGUUGUUUGCUGCACUUGAUUAUAUUUGAAACCUAUUUAACAACACACACUUUCACCUGUUUUACACAAAGCACCAUUAUGUCUUCUCUUCUACACAAAGGACUCGGACUAGAGCUUCCAAGAUCCGACCAAUCAGAGAGCUUUUUUCCACAUGAACACAGAGAAGCAACUUCUUCUGUUUCCUUUUUCUUGUUCGUUUUCUUUUCUUUCUCCUUUUUAUUUAUUCUUUGUAAGUUUUGAUGGAUCUUGGAAAUCCAGAGGGCUCAUCAGGAACACUUGUAGUAUUUAAUCCCCCGAAGCUCCACAUAGUACCUGCCCUCAUGUAGCUUUUACACGUCUUCACUUUUAUCAUUUUUGUGCAAUUUUUCUAGCUGACUUUGUCUAUCGCUGAUUUUGGAGUCCCCUGAGAAGCUUUUGUAUCGUCGUUAAAGUAUUUUCAUCUACAGGAUGUGAUUUUUCUAAUGAUGAUGAUGUUUUGUGGGGAAUGCUGUUUUUCUGUCAGAUCUGGAUCCAUUUGGUUUAAAAAAAAAAAAAGACGUUUUGCCACCUUUUGCUCCAGUUAAAAAUGUUUUCACAACUUGGAUGCAGUUUAUUGUAAACGAUAUUUACUGAAAAUGACUGAAGUCUGUUUCUGAUGUCUGUUUAAACUGUUUUAUGUUGAAAAAGAAAGAAAAGAGGUUCAACAAAAUCUGUGACGUAAUUGUAUGUUCAGUUCAAUUAAGCUUUAUUUAUACACCAACAAUUUACAAUAAAUUAAUCCAAAGGCA